AUGUCGUACUUCUCAGAUAACUCAUCGACAUGUUCCGCCGCUCCCCCUUUAACACCUUCACCGCCUCAACAUGAUUCUCAGCAUCACUCCAAUCCAUAUUCCUCACCUACACCAUACGAUCCGACCUCACCUCCUGCGAGUCUUCGCAACUAUUCUUCCGCACUGGUACGACAGAUGUCCGCGGGGUUGAAAGAAGCAAUGAAAGAUUUGAAAGAUGACAGAGGCGGCCCAGAGAGGAAAUUCGAUGUGGAAUAUGGAUAUGAUGAAGAUCCGAUUGAACGUCAUGUCAGAUUAUUUUUAACUCCCAGGAGAAAUCUCGAGAACCAGAAACUCAAAAGACAAGGUCAAGGUUUACCUGAAUUGGGUUUAUUCCCUACUGGUACCGUACCUCAACCAUCCAAAGCACCCCAACAUCAGAACCAGAGGAUACCAGCAACGGAACCUCGUCCAUCCUGCCCCAACGACAACAUGUUGAUCUCCUCGAGUGAUAUGAAAGAUCAAGAAACCUUGCAGAGGUUCCAGCCUGGAUUAAUCCAUUUCCACCGUACCAAUUCCACCGCUUCUAGUAGUUCUUCUCUCGAUCCACCUCGACCCGGCUUCUCUCGAAUGUCAUCCAGCAUGUCUAGCGGUUCAGGCGUCAGUAUGUUGAGUGAAGCUUCUUUUGAAGCUGUCAAAGCUGAAGAUAUAGUCAGUAUGUAUGGUGGAUUCACGACUUCGUCACAGAAAGAAGAUCCAUUCGAAUACGAUUAUCAGUCAUACCCUGAAACUCAGCAGGAGGGCGAGGGAGAAGAAGAAGAUAUAGAAUUGGAAGCUGGCCUAGGUAGAACUUCGAUAUUCUCAACUUCAAGCACAAUGACUGUGAAACCUGAUUAUAUCCAGCGACAACAACAGUAUAACCAACCCAGAUUAUCACCCUCCAUUGUUCCACAACAGCAGCAGCGAGCACCUACAUUAUCAUCUCGUCCGUCACUAUUCAGAAAGAGAUCCAGAGUCCAUCCAUAUGAGACGAACGCCGAAUCACCAAGUGGGAUGGAAGAGCCACCAUGGUUGGCGAACAGGACGAUAAGUGAACAGAUGGUGGCUCAAGCUGGAUUGAGAGUUCAGCGCCAACGUGCUGCGGUCGGUGUGAGGCGUUAA